AUGAAAAACAAAGAUUAAUUGAGUUCAUGCUUUCGAUUAGUCUAAUAUUGCCUACCUAAUUUAAGACUACGAAAUUAAUUCAUAUUAAUAGUAGCAGUAUUCGUUUUGAUGAUUGUUACAAUAUUUGCUUUAUGGAAUUUAGCACAUUAGUCUAUUUUGAAUAACCUAUUUUUAGGUGAGUCUGAUUUAUUAUAUGAUACUUAAUCAAAAAUUAGAUUAUCAUUUAUGCUGAAUAACUAUAAAUCUUAUUUCUAUUAAAUAUUUGCUUUAAGUAAUGAAUUAUAUGAAUUCUAGAUGGAAAUGCUCUCAUUUCAUUUCAUAGAUUAUAUUUAAGAACUAAAAAGGAAGUUAUGAAGGGCUCACUUGAAAUUAAUAAAAACUAUUAAAUGGAAUAUGAAGGAAUGAUUUAAAUACCUGAUCCUUUGAGAAUACUAAAUGAAUACGGUUCAAACAUCUCAAAUUCAUUCAUGUGCUACGCUAACACUUCUGCCUACAGUCAUCCAUUGACUGAAGAGGAAAGAAUAGGAAUUAAAUUAUAAGAGUAAAUCUAAACCUAUGGAUAAAUAUUAUAUUAAGGUUCGUUGAUAAUGCAAUCAAAUAUUUACUCAUAUAUCGACUUAUAAAAAAUAAAUAACUUAUAUCCUUGUGUUAACAGAGGCAAAGGUAUUUAUACUUAUGCUCCUGAAAAGAGAGAUUGGUACAAAACGCUAAAAUCCACAUAUUUCAAUGCCACAAAUUAUAAUUCAUAUUCCUUUAAAUUUACAGCUCCAUAUUUAUGUGAUUAUUCAUUUAUUAUUAGAAAGUGUUUACAUACUAAACAAUAGGGUUGUCUAUGACACUACCUAUAGUGGAUGAAAAUGUUAAAUUUGUAGGAGGAGUUUCAUCAACAUUUUUAGGUUCAAAAUUAGUGUAAUAUCUAUCAAAUAAUGAAACAGGAUUUCAAUUAAUUUAUUUGGUUUCAGAGGAUGGCACAUUAAUUAUGCACCCGUUUACAGUUAAAGCAGAUUAGUUGCCUCUUUAUAUUUACAAUGAAACUUAUACUGGAUUCAAUUUGACAGAUUGGGAUGAAAUAAAAAAGACUGAUGGAAUUUCUUCAUGUUAAUAAUUUAAUCUUAGAACUACGUUAAAAUGUCGAUAUAAUUCAGUUACUCAAUAAGAAAUGAUAGUCAGCAUUGAAAACCUGACCGAGUAUAAAAUGUAUUUAAUUAUGUAAUAAAUUAUUGAAGAAAAUAAAUAGGUUGUUGAGUAGUAGUGAAUACGUUGCAUUUACAAACUCAUUUCAUAAAACAUUAGAGCAAGAGUUAAUUGAUGAAACAAUUGUCUAAAUAAUAUCUUUAGUAAUUUUAUUUUUAGUUUUAUGUUUAUUAAUGAUAGUGGCUACAUAAAUUUUGUUUUAGCCUAUUGAAAUAAUAGUCAAGACAACAUAACUAUGGCUACAUAAAAAGUAAUAACAUGUUUAAAUUACAAUUCCAAAAUUUACUUAAGUUUUUAUCAGUAAUGAAAUAUAAAUGCUUGAAAAGGCAUGUUAGUUCAUGUAUAGAACAUUAGAGAUGCAUUCAUUUCAUAAAACAGAGUAAUGUGAAGCAAUAGAGAACAUAAAAUAUCCAAUUAAUUAAAUAGAAAUCACACCCUAUUUAGAAUACUAUAGAUAGUUAGAUUAUUUUAAUGGAUAAAGUUAAAAUAAAAUAAAGAAUAAUAUUAGAGAUAGAGCAAAAAUUUCAAAUAUAUUCACUUAUAUCUUAAAAAUUUAAAGAAAUAUGAGACCCUAAAUUUGA